AAUUUUCUCCAACAGAUCCGAAUUCUUGUUUCUUGUGUUCGCGUUUUUCUUCGUCUUUUGGUUUGCUGUCUUCGUGAAGAUGAAAAACCAACAGAAUAGCUACUUCCAACUCCCAACCGGUUUGCUUCCCGGUCAGGGAUAUACCCUGAAGGUGGACACGGUGGGGUGGAGCGGAAGAACGGCACCAGCCGGUAGUCGAGGUGGAUUUAGUGGAGGUCGUGGUGGAGGAGGAGGAGCAGCACCAGCCGGUGGUCGAGGUGGAUUUAGUGGAGGUCGUGGUGGUCGAGUUAAUAAACCCGAAAAACGUAAGUGUAUCUUGUGUCGAGAGAGAGGACACAUUGCAGUGAAUUGUCCAUAUCCAAAAGAUGAGGCAGAUUCCAAACGCGCUGCCGCUACCGCUGCAGCAGCUACUUUUUCUGCUACUGCUGAGUCUGCUACGUACGCUCUUCCCGCAUUUGCGGGAUGGAAACCAGGGUUCAUCAUGCCUGCAGUACCAGCCCCGCCAACUAACUAACCUUCUCCAAUGAAUGUAUAAAUUAUUAGAUUGUCCAGAAAAACUUUCUGUUAUUAAUGAUUGCUUUUAUUCCUUACCAUUAUUUUUAAAAGUUUGACUUUUCAUUAAAAGCAAACUAAUAACAAUUUCAGUUCUCAAGUUGAUGGGAUAUUCUAGACUGGCAUAGUGUGUGACAUUUUAUUUUUUCAACGUAGCAGUGUAUAGGUUAAAUGGCUUUAUAGUGCAAAGUAUUGUGGUCAAACAUUGUCUACACCUCUCUAAGGUUCAGGGAGAUGAAAGCCUUGUCGAAGCAUAUCAAAUUAAUGUACCUCCUUCAAUUCUUAUAGAUUACGUGUACAUAUAUCAAGAAAAUUAUCAGUAUCAUUAUUAAUCGUACCUUGUAAAACUAAAAUCUACAAAAAUAAAGGCAUAAAUAG